CUAAAUCCACUUUGCACUUGCUCACACGAUCGAUCACUAGUUCACUACGACGAACAAGUCGUCCCAAGGGGAGAAAUGGGCUCGUGCGUCUCGCGCUCGCCGGCGUCGUCGGCGGUGGCGGGGUCAGGGCGGUCAGUGGCCACCAAGACCGCGAAGGUGGUGGACGUAGACGGCUCCAUGGCGCAGUUCACGGCGCCCGUCACGGCGCGCGAGGCCCUGGAUAGUGUCCAAGAGCGCCGCCCAGGCGCGUCGGUCUUCCUGUGCAGCUCCGACGAGCUCCGCUUCGACGUGCCCGCCCGCGCGCUUGCGGCAGACGAGGCGCUCCAGCCCGGGUGGCUCUACUUCGUGCUGCCCAUGUCCACGCUCCGCCGCUCACUCUCCGGUCCGGAGAUGGCCGCGCUCGCCGCCAGAGCAAGCUGGGCGCUGGCCUUCGCCAGCGGCGUUGCGUCACCCCCGCGGCGCAAGAACGGGGCCGGGGUGCCCGGCGCCAAAGGCAAGCGACGGAAGGCGGCGGCUCGUGUGUCGCCGCUAGUUGUCGCGGAUGAGAUCGCCGGAACAGACGGUGGAUCGGAUCAUCACCAUGUGUACGGCAAGUACGGCGGCGAUGAGCCAGCGGCGAAGGCGUGGACGAGAAGUAGUUCAGGUGGAAGCCGCAGCAGCACUCGCCAUCUUCGCCGUGCAUCUGGCACCCCAACACUGAGCUCCAUUUUGGAGGCCGAUGAUUUCUGAGCAACCCGGUAUUGAUUCAGCGGUUCGAUUCUUAGGAGUGGUUAGCAACUUUUCUUGAUUACCAUGCAUUAGUUUAGUUCAGUUAUUUCGUCCAGUAUGUUGAGUUGCUCGACCGGUGUAUAUACUGCAUACGAGUUAUAUGCACAGCAUGCUUGUUUCUUGAUGUGUGCGUUUACAAUCUGUAUUGUGAAAACUCAUAUAUAUACAGAUACCGACACUGCAUGAAAGUAC